AUGAGUCCUGCAACAGAGCGAUUAUCAAUUGUCAAGCAAGGAAUUCCAUGGAAACCUUCAAAAGGGCCAAAGAAGGUUUUCCCGGCCUUCAGUCCAAUGCAUGUUCGAUUCACCGACACUAAACAUAACAUGGAUGUAGAAUACAACCACGAUAUUGACAUGAGAGAUGGUGUGAAGCUUCGAGGCGACAUAUUCCGUCCUUGCAGCUCAUCCACCACUAGGCUUCCGAUUGUUCUAGCCAUGACCCCCUACGGCAAGCAGAGUCCGUUCGACGUGACACAGAUUUUGCCGAGUAAGGAUUUCGAUGCGGGGUUUGAUGGCGUCCGGUUUUCCAACCAUUUAGUCUUUGAGGGGAGCGACCCGGUAUUCUGGACCAAGAACGGGUUCGCCUACGUUGUGGUUGACGCAAGAGGGAGUUUUGCCUCUGAGGGAGAGGAAGCAUCGUUUGCUUCUCAAUCUGACGGCGUUGAUGCAUACGACGUGAUCGAAUAUCUAGGCACAGCGCCCUGGAGUAACGGACACGUCGGCAUGAUCGGAGCAAGCGCACUAGGUGCCAUACAGUGGCAAGCCGCUGCCCUCCAACCGCCUCAUCUCUCGGCAAUUAUGGUUCAAGAUGGCUGGACAUGCUUGUACAGGGAGCUGGCCUGGAAAGGCGGAGUGAUUCACCCAAACUUCAUGAAAGUCCUCAAUGAGAGGUGGAUGGCUCACGGAAACCGUGUCGGGACACCGGUGAUCGAUCUUGGCCGGGCCUCUGAAGAGCACCCGUAUAUCGACGAAUUCUGGCGCCAGUUCCAACCAGCUGUUCACAACAUAACCUGUGCUGUCUACGUUAUCUCGAGUCUGGCCGACAAUGGAAUUCAUACGCCGGGCACUGUUCGUGGAUAUCUGGCAGCUUCCUCUCAAAUGAAAUAUCUCGAGCCCCAUCCAUUUCGAAAGUGGGAGUGGCAACUGACUGAUGAAUCUCUAGAACGACAGCUUUCAUUUUUUAGUCGCUUCCUUGACGGCCCUGACCGUCAUCGUGCUGACAUGGUCAAGUAUUGGCCCAGAGUACGUCUCAAUGUUACCGAGAAGCACAAUGCUGGGACUUGGCGCAGUGAAAACGAAUACCCAAUAGCAAGGACAAUCAGAACCAAGUUUCAUCUUGGAUCGAACAAGAAGCUCUCAUCGGCUUCUUUGCCUACCUCCUCCGACCCAAAUUCUAUCUCUGAGAAGACGUUUUCGGCACCGACCGAGAUCACGGGGACAUCUCGCCUCCAUCUAAAGCUUUCUACUGCUGCUGGUGACGCCGAUGUAUUCGUAACUCUGCAGAAACUUGAUCAGGAUAGAAAUCUUGUUUUGUUUCCCUAUCAUACCUUCACAAACGACGGGCAUGUCGCCUGGGGCUGGUUGCGUGCCUCGAAAAGAAAGCUAGCUUCCAAGGAGUGCACGGUUGGUGACGAAGUUGAUCACACCUACCUAGAGGAGGACGCCGAGAUGUUGCAAGAUGGUGUCCCCGUCGAGAUGGAUGUCGGCAUCCAGCCAAGCGCGACUUUGUUCAGAGCUGGGGAGACGUUAAGAGUUGUUGUACAAGGCCACGAUUUCGGCGAAUACGGUCCAACAUGCCAAGUACCUCGAGCAGGAUCCGGUAUUAAUAAUGACGAGAGUCACUGCAUCUUCCUGCAUGAUAGCUAUCUAGAGGUGCCGGUAAUACCAUCAAGAUGGUACUGA